AUGAGUUCAUCUGCCUAUCGCGAGAUAGGCAAAGGACAGUGCGGCAGCGUCUGGGCCGCGGAUGUGCCCGGUGAAGCCUGCGCACUGAAACGUCAACAUGCCGGAGGUGAUGGCGAACACAGCCGAUCAGUGAUCAAAGACUCCGUAAUGCCCCAACGCACUGAGCGUAGUUUCAACGAGUGUCGGACCAGCCUCGAGCUUACGAAUCUCAACAUUCCGAGAUAUCAUCAGCUUGUGCUCAAGGAAGACGCUCAAUGGUGGGCUACUCGCAGAGGCAGAUUCCCCAGUGAUUUGGAAGCGUGUAAUACGCUCAUCAGUGAGCGAAUACCACCUUUCGAGGGCCCUGUACGGAUGAAGAUCAUCGAGUUAUUCUGCCCGGACAAGAUCAAGGAUGUGGUCAUCAACAGCCGCAAAGAUGAAGAUUGUAUGGUGCGGCCUUACCUGGGACGACGAGCUCGCGACUCACGCCCGAGUCCCUUCUUUACGCUCAGGAACAAGGCCCUGACGAUUGAUCAAAUGGAGAAUCUCAAGCUCCCAGCUGUCGAUUAUGCGUGUGCCAUGGCGGACGCGCUCGCAUUCAUGUUCUGGGAGGCCAAGGUCGACGCGAACGACGUAGAGUUUGUACUCGCUCCCAAAGGCGCACACGUCAGCUCGGGUACCUGGAACUCCGAAGCACUGGGCGAGCACACAUUGUGGCUACUUGACUUCGAUUGCGUAAAAGACAUCAGCAUGGAUUCAAGCGGCAUCGCACAGGCUGCUUCCGCCUUCUUCCGCAACGAUCCUUACUUCCCACGACCAUGUGGAGAGACUGAGCUGGACCUUUCCCUGUGGACAGCAUUUACGCAGCGCUUCUUGAGAAGCAGCGAGCGUAUACUAGGGGAUGAUGUUCUGCCACUAUUGAUGAUCGGUGCGCUCGAGGAAAUUGGUCGAGAUCGAAAGCGCAAAGCACGCACACUUGCAUGA